UCUGCAGUCACAGCAAUGUCACUGUGUGACGACACACUCCUCUGUAACUUCUCAAAGUGCCGGACCAAGCUGAGCGGCUUCGCCUGGGUCACAGCCUGCUCACAUGUUUUCUGUGAUCAGCAUGGGUCCGGUGAGUUCAGCCGCUCUCCGGCCAUCUGCCCGGCCUGCUCCUCUGCGCUGUCUGGGAAGUUGGACAUUGUGAGGACGGAGCUGUCUCCCUCUGAGGAAUACAAAGCCAUGGUGCUGGCAGGUUUGCGACCAGACACAAUUCUGGACAUCAGUACCCGCGCUUUGGCCUUCUGGAGCUAUCAGGUCCAUCAGGAGCGUAUGUACCAAGAGUACAGUCUGUCACGGGCCGAAGCACAGCUCAAGCAGAUGGAGAAGGUGUUGACCCAGCAGAACCAGAGCAGAGAACUGGAGCUCACUGCCAUGAGAGGGGAAAUCGCUUCCCUGAAGAAAGUGAUGGAGGAGUAUAAGAGGAAGUACAGCGAGGUGUCUGAGAGGCUGAUGGAAAGGAACAGGCAGUACCAGAAACUACAGGGGCUGUACGACUCUCUGAGGCUGCGCAACAUGGUGGUGGGUGUUGGUGGUGGAGACACACUGCUGCAAUCAGGACAUCAUGACUUCAAUGCAGGGGCGGCUCGACAGGCGGCUCCCCAGAGGAGCCCUCAGUUCCUCACCGCGGGCCUUGAUGUGGACAGUCGAUUCUUCUCCUGUUUGGAGGAUGAUGGAGCCAAGGCCUUCUUCCAGUUCAGCUCCCCUGCCAGAGAGAAAGGCCAGCCCUUCAUCAAGAAGCACUGAGAGGAGCAGGUUUCAGAGUGACUUUAACUUAACUACUGUUAUUCACAUUUCCAAAUUGUUCUGGUUUAAUAUUAAUUUAGUCAGAGGUGUUUGCCGUUAGUUUAUUUUUGUAUUGUUUAUUGUAAUUUUGAACCAUAAAUGUGUUUUUUGGAUAAUAACAAAUAUUGGACUAAAAUUGUAGUUGAAUGUAACUAUAACCUCUUGAA